AUGGCGUCGGGCAGCUCAAUGCCCUUCUCCUCCCUGCAACCAACCCCGACAGGCGGUCGCAAGCCUAAGAACCUUGCCGAAUUCAUCGCGCGCGUACAAUCAGAGCGCGGCUUUCGCAACGUCACGGAAGAAAGCCUGAAGCAAGAAAUUGAGGACCGCAAGAAUGGUGUCGCCGACGUUAAGGAGGAGGAGGACACUGCCAUGGCGGACAGUAACGAGGACGAGGAGGAGCCAGCCGACGCCAACGCCGCGCGCAAUGAAGUGCUGAGAAAUAUCGAUGCCGCCAACAACUCCGCGCUCAUGGCACUCGAUUUCAUCUCAUUACUUCUUUCGAAAGAGAGCCCUGCCCAAGCCGGUACUACCCUUUCAGCCCAGCUGCGAGACUGGGUAGGCAUCGGCAGCCUCGGGAUCGCCAAGCGCGAAGACAACGACGAGCAGAAACAGCGCGACGCCGAGAAAGCAAAGGACAACCGCGACGUCUCAUUAGGCUGGGCCCUGAUCGAUAUCAACACUACAAAGGAGUCGGCGGAUAAGGCAGCUAGCCACUUGAGCAAGGAGGUCGAGCGCGAAGAAAAGUACUGGGGAGAGAUCCUGGCGGUGCGCCAGGCUGGGUGGUCAAUGUGCAGAUUGCCGGCGGAGAAGCAAACGCUGGGCGUGAGGUUCGGAUUCUCAGAAGCGUCACCCGAGUUCAGGAAUAGCAGUCUCGCCCCUUUACGGCGUGGUGAUGACGGUUCGGCAAUGCUUCAACACGGCAGGGUCGGUGCUGGCUGCCAACGUCUCGGCGUCACAAUCGGCAGAUCAGGCAAGACAACGGGUCGUCUCGCCUUCGGCACAUCCGUGCCAGAUACUGCCCUGCUCCAAGACCGUGUUCUCGAAGCGCGCAACACCAUCUUUGCCCAGGAGCUUUGGCACGAACUGCACCGUGAAGCGCACUCACUCGCUUCCUACGGUGUCCGCGCGAGCCAUUCCGCCAUCACAUUCAAUCCAGCCUCCGGCCCAAGCCUCACCCUCGAACUUGAGAACCUCGAAGACAUCGCCAAUAAGGCCGAGGACCAUCCAGACAACACACUUGCAGAAGCGACGCACCUGAGCCUGCACAUCUUCCUAAGUCACGCUCAUAGACUUAAUGAACUUCAACGCUUACGACCGACACCGCCUCACCAGCGCCGCAACCAGACGCAAAACCAAUAUCAUCUUCUCCGCCCCAUCGUGGCCAAGAUACUUCAUGACCGCGCGAUAGAACAAGUCACACGGUUCUCCGGUGACCUCACCAACGUGUUCCGCCAGGCCGGCGUUGGCGCUGCCAACUUCAUCCUCAACACCCCGCCUUACCCGACAGCAGAUCUACGCAACAGCUCCGGCGGCUCUUCCGUCCGCCCCAGCGCGUCACAAGCCCUCGCCAACCAGAUCACAACCGCCCCAGCCGAUUUUCAACUCGAGCUCAUCCUGAACGCCACGUGCCGCCUGCAGAUCCGUGGCCGCACCUUCCUUACGCCCCUGACAACAACCCAAUUCCAAGUCCAGCUGCUUCCAAACGCCGCCGAGCCGCCCAAUACCCUCCAGGGUUCCUAUCCGCCCUCCCGCGACCCCUACCCGAGCUUCUCCGCCUUGAAGGACUACCUCACCGACGCAGCCACCCACGCCCUGACAGACUGGUCCAUGUCCCUCAUCCCUCCUCCCCAAGCGCCGUCGCCUUCGGGACCCGCCCGCCCGGAGUGGACCAAAUCCAUCCGCGGCACCGCCAUCAGGGACAUCGACACCGAGAACCGCGAGGUCCGCUUCGACAUCCUCGACGACGCCGACGAGAGACCGAUCCUCAACGUCGGCGCGGCCUGGCGCACCGCGGACCAAAAGUCCAAAAUACAGCGCUGGAAGUGGUCCCCCUACGGCCCCGCGGAGCCCAUGCAGAUCCCGCACAUCGUCAACGCCGUCGUCCAGUCCAGCGACUUGGCCAAGGACUAUUCUUCGGCCUCAGCAGGGGACUACUCCUCGAACUCACCAGGGGACUGCUCGUCACCUUUGGCAGAGGACUACUCUUUACCCUCACCUGAGGGCUACCUGUGGGACUGCCCUUACACCUUUCAGGGGCUUUCUAGGAUGCUAGCCAGAAUCGACGACAACGACGACUGCCAUAGCAUCGACGACCUUCUGGAUUAG